GCCUCUGCCCUUCCUCCUCUUCCUCUUCCUCCUGGCGGCUGCCGCCCUCAGCGGGAUGGACGCCAUUGAGGAGCUGGCGCUCCAACCCUGCACGUCCUCUCUCUACCUGCGGCCUUUCCGCCUCACCUACCGGCAGAAUGGCGCUAGGAAAUUUUGGGACUUUAUGAGGACACAUGACAGCGUGUCGAUCCUGAUCUUCAAUACUUCUCGGCAGUGCUUUGUAGUGGUGAAGCAGUUCCGCCCAGCUGUUUACAUGUGUGAAGUAGAAAGGCAACAUCCUCAGCUCUUCCAGAAGCAGGACAAGGAGAGUUUCUCUCGCCUGGAGGAUCCCUUACCUGCAGUGGUAGGAGUGACUUAUGAACUCUGUGCUGGCAUCGUAGACAAGCCACAGCUUUCUUUAGAAGAAAUUGCCUGUGAGGAGAUCUUAGAAGAAUGUGGCUAUCGUGUUCCUGUUACAAACCUGAAGAAGAUCACUUCCUACAGGUCUGGAGUAGGUGUGACAGGUUCCAGGCAGACGUUGUUUUAUGCAGAAGUAACAGACCAGAUGAGAACGAGUGAAGGAGGUGGCCAACCUGAGGAAGGAGAGCUGAUUGAAGUUGUAGAGAUACCUUUAGAAGACUCCAUGAAGUUUGCUUAUGAUGAGGCUUUUCCCAAGACGAUGGGUGUCAUCUUCAGCUUCACGUGGUUCCAAAAUAACAUAGCACCCAAGCUACCAAAAAAAUAAUAUAAAAGCACCCUGAUUUCAAGAGAACAUCUCCUGCUGGGUCUGUGGGCACAGAAAACUGCAAGUCUGCCUGCCUUCAUCAACUCACCUUGCUACAGUUUUCAAAUCAUUCUCACUGUAAAUUUGGAAUUAAAAUCCGAAGUAAAAUCUGAAGUAAUCCAUCACUAGCAAAAAUCUGGUGAGCUGCACUGGGGCCAGUAUUUGUCUCCGGGAGUCAGGUGUUAAUUCUCAGUCAAAGCCUAAGGAGAUGUGCCUGGUUCUCCUUUUUCAUGGCAUUGCUCUACCACUGUUUUGAAGAGAUGCUCAGGGCCACAGUGCAGCUGCUAUGCCAGCCUGUUGCUGUUGGCUGUACAUUCUGGCAGCUGUGUAUUCACUGGAGCUCUCAGAGCUGUUAGUCCUAAUAUUUUGGGGAAGGCAGCACAGCUUCGUAGUGACAGAUAUCCUAACUAUGUUGAGUUCUGCACAGCUUUCAGGGAACAGCUUUCUCUGUGUAGCUCCUGUACCUGCUUGCGUUUCUGAACAUGCAGACUUUUAUUCCAUAAGCAAACGUCUGUAAAUCCUUUUGCUAACACAUCAUUCUGACAAUAGACCAGCUGUAAGGCUGCGUACUUCUGUUUGCUCUCAGCAGAACGCUGAGCAGCAGUGGUGGGGUGAGUGAUGGGGGGUUUCUAGGGGAACACAUGCUUCUUUGUUUGUUUUAUGGAUGGUACUUGCUUAAUUAGAUCAAACUUUGUCCUCUAGAGCAGGACCUGAGAGGCCAAAUUCUUCUCAUUUGACUCCAAGGUGGCUAACACAAGUGAUUUCUCUGUCGUCUCAGAUUCCAUAUCACCAAAAUGUGAAGAGUGGGAAUUUCCCCUCCAGUAACGCUCCUUUGAAACCCCGCAGUCAGAAGUGCUUUAAUGAGAGACUUUAUCAUCAUUUGUGCAGUGUACACUGAAGGCCAUGCAGCUUGCACAGACAUACUGAGCAGCACAAUUUGAUUUAAUAAAGUGGUCUAAUUGAAAUGUA